AUGGUCCGUCUUUUAAACAAUUUCACUCGCUUAUGUAAAACAACAGAAACAGGAAAAGAAAUUUGUUCAUGUGAUUAUCGUACAAACAUAUAUGAUUGUCCACAUAGUGAAUUUUAUGUUAUAGGGGGGAAGAUACUGAUACCAAUAUGUAUUUUGGCAACAAUAAUGUCUGGAGGAUUUUUAUAUUAUCUUAUUAAAGUUAAGAAGCAACCGAUCUUCUUGAAUGCCACCAAAGAAAGAGGAUGGUUGAGGCCUAAACCCUUGCAUUCUUAUCACUUGAUAGUGUUUGCUUAUAUGUUUUUCCAAGGACUUCAUUUGAUAUUUUUGGUAAAUGAAUUAUAUCCUAAUAUGAUAGCAGCCGAACUCGGCAAUGUUAUGGCAGAUGCCUGUUCGGCAGCCGCUGCCACAUUAUAUCCCGUUAGUAUAGUUUAUUCCACACCAAAUAUAAAUCUCGAAAAGAAACAGAACUUCAAAAAUUUUAAUUAUGUUGGACCAAACGCACGUUUAGUUGACAUUGUUGGAAUUAUAUUAUUUUUUGAACCAUUAAUCACAUUAUUUCCUUUAGCCUCACUUGCGGGACAUUACGCUGAAAUGAAUGACAUUAAAAUGACAAAUAUUUUAUAUAAUACACAUUACAUUGCUUGGGCAGUUUGGGAAAUUACAUAUAUUACAGUAUUAUUAUAUUACUGGUACAGGUUAACAUCUAUAAUCAAAGAUCAUCUUAAAGUAUUAGAAGAAAAUGAUUCUAAUAGAAAUCAGAUCAAAAUUAUCAAACGAGGCACCAGAAAAUUAACUAUACCGGUUAUGGCGAUAGCUUUUGGGUUAUUGUCACAAGCGAUUAUUUAUGUCAUUAUGUGUAUAACGCAUCGUAGCGGUACAAUUUAUUAUUUCGGUUGGAAUUUAUUUUAUUAUUGGAUCGGAUAUGUUACUUUCCCAUUACUGGGGUUCACCAUUGAAUGUUUCUUGAUUUACUAUACAAUAAAGAACUUAAAAAAACCACCAACUACAAGUUCUAUUAUGCUUUCGCCAACAAAUUCCUCACAAACUCAAUUAGACUCGAAAACAACCGACAAUGACAAUAUGUCAAAUCAAAAAGAUAGUAAAACUUUAUGUUGUAUACCAAUUAAGAAAUUUGGUAUUACAAUAAAUAAACCUAACAUAAUUAUUCAAUGCAGUUCUGAAACUGUUAAGACCGUUACUUUCGAAAGUAAUAAUGAACAAGAAAUACCUUAA